CACAAAUAUGGCGAUAUCCUGUACUUGAGUGUGCCGUGUACGCCGCGGAUAUUCUGACACCUUUUGGAGACCGUUGAAGAAAUUUACGGCGGUGCUUGUUAUUAUCACGGCAGUCUUCCAGAUGCUACUGAUCUCCUGACUGGCUCAGACGUCUACCUUUAUGAACAUCAUCUUUUUCCCCACAUCAUGGUGCGACACAGCAAGUUACAGAAACAGGUCUUGUCUCUCUAUCGCCAGUUUCUGCGCGCAGGACAGGAUAAGCCGGGUUUCUUACCUCGGAUACGCGACGAAUUCCGCACAAACGCUCGCAUCAGCAAGACGGAUGUGAUGCACAUCGAAUAUCUUUAUCGCCGUGCACAGCGACAGCUCGAACAACUGAAAGACGUAAACACCAAACAACUCGGAACGUUCAGCAAAACCAGUGAGGAAAGUUGAUUCAAAACAAGCCCUCGGUCGCAAGCGCAGUCGUUUCGGUUCCAACGGACGCUGUGCUGAGUGUGCGUAUGGAAUAUUUAAAUAUAUUCACAACAUGAUGUUAGACUACUUCGUGCAGCAAUGCUGCCCUCACAGACUGUCGACUUUUUGAGUAAUGGGGAAACUGACAUAAUGAGGCGUCAAGUCCCCGGGGUGAACAGUGCAAGUGGCAUUAGUAAAUUGUCAGUUCUAAAUAAAAAUAGUAAGGCUGACAUUGACAAAGAUGUUUCCAAAUGUGCCGUCAUUAUUUUAAAUGGCAUCCAAGACGCUGAUACUCCUUAAUUUAACACCCUCAUCGUCAUGAUGUACAUUGUACAGUUAUACAGUGCGUAGGUAUUUUGUCUUCCGUGUGUUUGACGUUAUAUUCAUUAAGUGUGAGAUUCAAAUAAGUAGUCUCGGUGGUCUUGCUCCCAGGUGCGCACAAACAUUCAUGUUUCAUUGUAA